UCCAUGUUACCAUCGGGGCCCCGUAAAGUUCCAUGCUGUAUUAAAGGUGGCAAGCUUCCUAUAUUUCAUGCAAUGCCAUCAAAUAUAUCGACAUAUUCUUUCUUAUUCAUCUAAAAUUAUUAUCCGUUUACAGUGGUUUGGAAGGUUCGAGAGUCCGUUUACGUUUUGAGGAAACCCCAAUUUAUUGUCGUGUAUUUUAAUGAUGCUGUGAUUGUACUCGUCCUGCCCACCUGGCCCCUCUACAUUUUGGCACCCCUAGUGGAGCGUGAGUGAACAACCCAAUCAAGAUUGGACGAUUGUUGCUUGACUUGGCUGAAUCUACUAACCUGCUAAAUUCGGUGACAUGGAUCACAAGAAGAGCUCUGGUUUCUCAAACACCACAUUUCUGCGGCAACCAGCUCGGGUGUUGAUCGUUGAAGCAAUGCCACCAUGGUGGUCCGAGACCCGCUCUGUUCUCUGUGACGCUCUUGAUAACUUCCUGACUCUGGUCUGUAGUCUGAAAGGACCUUGUAGGCUCCCUUUCCUCAGCGUCUUUGCCAUCAGCAGUCAGCAGGAAUGUCUGCUUCCUUUUGUGAGAGUUCGGGGUAACCUGCCCAGGUUGCUUUCCUGCGUGGAGGCGCUGCGGGCGAUCCCGAGCGAAGGCGUCACCACAGAACUGGCCAGUGUAGGCGAGAUACUGCGCCAGACCGUGCUGGAUGGCCAGAGGCAAUUUAACCAAUACAGGAAAUUCAGUGGCGUCGACAUCCAGACCAACAUAUCUGUCGAGGUUACUGUGGUGACCAGCCGUCCCGGAAAAGGCAUGGUUUGCCUUUUGAAAAAUGUGCUCAAGGAUGAUGACCUGGAUCCGAUCAAUGGUUUCCUGGUGGUGCAGCUCUCCAGUCAGGUGGAGUGGGGUCAAGACGGACUCCCGCCUCAAGAGCCACCUCAGGAUUGUAGUGCAGAUAAUCUGGUGCUGGUGGACCUGCACCUGGUGGACAGCAGUGUAUUUGCUCUGGAGGAAGUGUUUAAGAAUUGGCUUCAAGAGUAUGGAGUGGUCUCUGAACACAUCCACCUUGUCCUACCAAGCCCACGGGGGGGUCCCGGUCCAGUGUGCAUUAAGUGCGACAUGCGUGAGCGCGUCAUCAGCCCCGGCUCCCUUCCACUGAACCCCUCGGAGAAGCCAGAAAGCCUUUGUGACGUCAUGUCUGUCUCUCAAAUACCCCGGAGAAUGAGAGCAAUCAAGGCCCUUUACAAGGCUGGCGUGUGUCAAAGCGUGUUGUACGGCCUGCCGCUAGUUGUCAUCCCGACCGCCUGCUGGCGUCUGAACUGGGAUGAGAUAGAAACCAACCAGCACAAGUUUCAAGCUCUCAACCGUACACUGCAGGAUCAGGACCAGGUUUUGCUGCUGCAGGUGGGGCCGACAGAUGGAGACUCAGAUUUGUGCUCUUACUAUUGCCUCUACCCAUCUCCGUCACUCGCCAUGCUCCUGAAGCCAGUCGUCUGCAGGGAACUAUUUAUACCUGGCGCAUACUCUGAGCCAAUGUGGGAGCCUCCCCCUGAAACCAUGCAGGUCAUCAUGGGUUGCCUCAGCCAGAUCAAAGAAAAGGAGGUGUUGAGCCCCUGCUCCUUGAGCAGUAACCUCUACCAGCAUCUCAGGAGCACCCUGGUCACCAAGCUGCACUACCCAUUGGGCCCUUCAACUAUGCACCCCGCUAUCCAAACAUACCAGCGUCAACCACCAGAGAGCGCUGUAGCCACAGCCAGCAGUCAAUCCCAUCAGGCUCACCAGCUUGGAAUGUACGUCAAGGUCAAGUCCACUGUGGCCCCCGAGCCGCCUUCCUUGCAGAGGACCCUGGAAAACUCCCGCUCCGCCCCGCUGAGACCUCCAACUCCCGUGAGACCACAUCGUCGAGCUUUGACCUUUGUGAGAAGGAGUAGCUCAUGCAGUAGUGGCCAUCAGGCCUCGGCGCCUGCUCUUCAGGAGGAAUCGGACAAAGAUGGCAAGGUAACACUGGCAGAGCACUGAUGGGUGGAUGGCGGAAGGCAAAACUGAAGAUAAAAGAGGAAUACGGUAGCCAAAGGUCAAGAGGUUAUGUCGUGCAUUCUUCAUACGAGUCCCAGCGUACAGUUACAGUGUUUCCGUUUCAACGUGCGCACACAGAUUUGCCAUUUGAGGGGUUUGGUCGUAACACGCCCUUCUUAAGAAGUGAAAAUCACAAACUCGGAAUUCUGUGCCAAAAAUGCCCCGGACAGCUGAUUGAAUUCUUCCAUGCAUCGCGAUUAAAAAUGUCACCACAUGGGCUGAUGUGAGCGUGCGAACGUGUGUGUGCAUGCGUGCGACCAAAUGACAAAUUAGUAAUUGUGCUCUUAAAAAGGGAGAGAGGCGAGGGGGGGGGAAUUUACAUAUCCAUAUUGUACUGACGUAAAGACAAGUAUUCACAUUCCUCUUCGAACACAGCUUUACUGUUUUAAUGGGGGGGGGUUAGCAGCAGCAGACAAAUGGCUCUCUGCUCUCCUCAAGCACCACUCAUUCUCGCCUUCUCUCAAAGGUGCCAGAUGAAGAGGUGAAACUCCGGAAACAUCAAAGUAAAUGAAUAAUUUCGUCCUCGUGGUUUGCAGAGACAUCCUCAUAGAGUCAAUGCAAAUAUUUUGUAGUCAUGCUCAUAUUUCUUAAUCUAAUAAGCACAAGAGCCGUGUCUCUCUCUCUCUCUCUCUCUCUCUCUCUCUCUCUCUCUGUCUCUCUCUCUCUCUCUCUCUCUCUCUCUCUCUCUCUCUCUCUCUCUCUCUCUCUCUCUCCCUCUCUCUCUCGCACACGCACGCAUGCACAGACUUUAAUCAGUCUCCCGCCAUUCCACUCCCAUGUUGAACCUUGUAACACAAGCGAGGAGCCAGUGACAAAUUACCUCAUGGCGUUGUGACGUCACAAGCCUUCCGCAUUCACAAAUUCCGACCAUAACGACUCUUUUGUCUCCGAAGGAGAAUUCGAGCAAAUUGGCUCCCAUUUCACUUGCUUUUCUCCCGCCAUCUUUGUCCUUUCUCUUCCCCUCCUUACAUUAUUCAUUGCAAACCCUGCGCGCGAUCAACCGGUGGGUAGAAUCGAAAAACAAAAAGGUCAAAAAGGCUGAAGUUCCUCUUUCUGACUGCUAACCAUAAAGGAGAACCAGGAGAGCAAAAGUGCGAUUUUUGUGUGGGUGGCUGUGUUGCAUUCUACUGACGAGCAUCAAAAUAGUUUAGUUUGAAGAACGCUUAGUUCCCGUUUGGCUUUCAUAUGCUGUCACCUUGUAACAGUUUGGAUGUUGCUGUGGACUGUGCUAGCCUUAAAUAAGAAUGAUUGCAGUUGAGACAGUGUUCCAAUUUGACUGUCAAUGCAUUGUCUUGAGACUUGGAAAGACACCGCUGCUCAUUGUCUUGCCAUCGGCAGCACGGAAGAACACUUCUUUAUCUCUGCCUCAGACUCGUGCGGCGUCUUUCCUGCAGUUGCCUGUUCCGGCCUGAGUGAUAAAACAAUACAAACUACAAUAAAACGCACAAAGCACUUCAUAUACAGGUCGCGGACAGACAAUAACGACGUGCAUCGGCCCCGAGGAGGCGGACAAAUCAAAAUCUCAAAUAAGAUUGUAUGCCUGUGCAGUCUGCAAAGUGUCCAAAAAGCAAUUGCAAGUAGCAUACAUUUCAACUUUGGAAUAGAAACGGAAUUGGAUUCUUUGAAUUAGAGUCCUACAUUUUAACGAAGGAGUUGAAGUUGAGUCGUGCAGACUCCAGUCACGGUAGCAAAAACCUGAAUGAAACUAUGACAAAGAACCGACAAAGAGCAAAUGUAACUUCAGAGACGAACGGCUUGCCCACGCAGUGCUAAAAAUAGAAGUUGGUGGUCUGCAUGAGAUUGUUUUAUGUGUGCAGGUAUGUUGCCAAAAAAAAAAAGGAUGAA